AUGAGUGAGGAUGAAGACACUCGCUGGCUGGAGUGGGUCACCAAACAGUUUGAGACCAUCGCCGGAGAAGAUAAAGAGAUCGACCUUGAUGAGUUUAAAACUGCUCUCAAAGUCAAAGAGUCCUUUUUUGCAGAGCGUUUCUUCACUCUGUUUGACUCAGAUGGCAGUGGAUCUAUCAGUCUGGAUGAGUUGUUCAAAGCGCUGGACCUGGUCAUCCAUGGCAACGAGGCCGACAAGCUCCGCUUCCUUUUCAAGGUCUACGAUGUGGACGGCAGCGGCUCCAUCGAUCCAGACGAGCUGAGAACAGUUUUGAAGUCGUGUAUGCAUGAGAGCGCCAUCACUCUGCCGGAGGAGAAACUGGACGACUUAACGCUGGCGCUGUUCGAGUCGGCUGAUAAAGAUAACAGCGGCUCCAUCACCUUUGAGGAGCUCAAAGCCGAGCUGGAGAGCUUCCCGGAAGUGAUGGAGAACCUCACCAUCAGUGCUGCCAACUGGUUGAAGCCUCCUGAUGUGGAUAAAAAGAAGCAUCAGGCUCCUCGGUACCUCACCAGGGCUUACUGGCAGAACAACAGCCGGAAGCUGCUGUUCUUGUGUGCAUACGGCAUCGUCAACCUGCUGCUCUUCAUCCUAGCCUUGCUGCAGCACAGCUACGGCGGCGGCUGCUUCAUGGUGGCCAAAGCCUGUGGCCAGUGUCUCAACUUCAACUGCACCUUUGUCAUGGUGCUGAUGCUGCGCCGGUGUUUAACGUGGCUGAGGACCACGUGGUUGGCGAAGGUCUUACCUCUGGACCAGAACAUCCUGCUGCACCAGAUUGUUGGUUACGCCAUCUUCUGCUUCACACUGGUGCACACCACUGCACACGUGCUCAACUUUGCUCAGCUGUCCAAGCAGAGCCAGUUCAGUCUCUGGGAGUACCUGCUGACCACACGGCCGGGGAUCGGUUGGGUGAAAGGGACAGCGUCACUGACCGGACUGGCCCUCCAGCUGUUCAUCUGUCUCAUGGUUCUCUGUUCCUGCACAUUCGUACGACGCAGCGGACACUUUGAGGUGUUCUACUGGUCUCACCUGUCUUAUGUGGUGGUCUUGACCCUGCUUAUAAUUCACUGUGCAAACUUCUGGAAGUGGUUCGUGGUUCCAGGUCUGAUCUUCCUGCUGGAGAAGGUUGUAGGAAUUGCAGCGUCUCGUAUGGGAGGUCUUUUCAUUGUGGAAGUGAACGUGCUGCCAUCCAAGGUGACUCAUCUGGUGAUCCGACGUCCUCAGUUUUUCCAGUUUAAACCUGGAGAUUACAUCUACAUCAACAUCCCAGUAAUAGCCAAGUAUGAGUGGCACCCGUUUACCAUCAGCAGCGCUCCGGAGCAAUCAGACACCCUGUGGCUUCAUGUGCGCUCGAUGGGUCAGUGGACCAAUCGGCUGUAUGAGUAUUUCACUCAUCCAGAGAACCAAACAGUUUGUCCCAAGAGACUGGCCACCAGCCUGAGGAAGCGCAGACAGCAGGGGAAGGCCCAGCAGGACGAUUUGUUUAGCUCUGCAGACUCCAACAGAGCCGUGGCAUCCAACAAGGACGAUGCCAUUGAGCUGACAAUGUUCCGUCAGAGCAGCUCACAGACAUCAGAGCUGGCCCCUGCAGAUGACCCGGAGCCUGCAGAGGGAGGAGAGUGUUUUCCACACACAGAGAUUUCUGUCACGUUUGGUGAGAACCACAGGUUCUGCAACAUCAAGUGUUACGUUGAUGGACCGUAUGGGACUUCAACACGGCAGAUCUUCGCGUCUGAACACGCGGUCCUGAUUGGAGCAGGAAUUGGGAUCACUCCUUUUGCUUCCAUUUUGCAAAGCAUCAUGUACCGGUAUCGUAUGAGGAAGCAGAACUGUCCCAGCUGUAACUACUCCUGGUGUGAAAACAUUAAAGACAGCAACAUGUACCUGCGCAAAGUCGACUUCAUCUGGAUCAACAGAGACCAGAGGUCUUUUGAAUGGUUUGUUAGUUUGCUGACCAAAUUGGAGCUGGACCAGGCUGACGAGGAACCAGAGGGUCGCUUCCUGGAGAUGCACAUGUACAUGACAUCAGCUCUCGGUAAGAAUGACAUGAAGGCGAUCGGGCUGCAGAUGGCACUCGACCUUUUGGCCAAGAAAGAGAAGAGAGACUCCAUCACGGGCCUGAGGACCAGAACCCAGCCAGGACGACCCCAGUGGGGGAAGGUGUUUCAGAAGCUGUCACAAGAGAAGAAAGGAAAAGUCCACGUGUUUUAUUGCGGUGCUCCUGCUCUGGCUAAAGUCAUCAAAGCCCAGUGUGAACGCUUCAGUUUCAACUUCUACAAAGAGAACUUCUGAGGACUGAGUCACACCUGCAGCUGCUGCUUCACUGUGUGUGUGUGUGUGUGUGUGUGUGUGUGUGUGUGUGUGUGUGUGUGUGUGUGUGUGUGUGUGUGUGUGUGUGUGUGUGUGUGUGUGUGUGUGUGUGUGUGUGUGUGUGUGUGUGUGUGUGUGUGUGUGUGUGUGUGUGUGUGUGUGUGUGUGUGUGUGUGUGUGUGUGUGUGUGUGUGUGUGCGCACGCACGCGUGUAUGUGUGUGUGUGUGAGAUCCCUCAGUGUUAGACUUAUAUAGGAAAUUCAGCCUUUGUUGUAUCUUUCUUUGUCUUUUUGGAAGCAGAAGUGAACAUCUUUAGGGUCAGAGAGAAUCUGUGAUCAGGGAAUUUUUGAAGGAAUCACAGAAAAUACUUAUGGGAUGGGUCGAGAACAAAUACAUUUAACGUCCCUACAUCUUUUUUUGUUCUUUUUGAAUGGUUAAGGUUGUGUUGUACAAAACAGGGCUGGUUAGCGCACACUUAAACUAAACAGGCACAUGAAAUAAACCUUUUAUUUACUUCUUUUUUUAACAGGAAUAACGUGUCACACUUUUCACAGAUAUUUACAAAAAAAAAUGCUCUAACACUGGCAUGUCAGUCCAACUGGACCAACAGCAGUCUGACCAGCACUGAUCCAGCUGUACCCUCCUAUGUGAUUUCUUGCUUAUGUUGUUCUCUCAGAUGUAAGUCGCUUUGGAUAAAAGCGUCUGCUAAAUGACGGUGGUGGUGGUGAAAAUUCAGAAAAGCAAGUUCAUAGGCUACUUUCUAUACUUUCUUCUAUGUUAAGCUAAACUAUAUAAAAGCCAAGUUGGCCAGAUACUGGUCCAGCUUUCUUUCUGCAGUGCAUGCUGGGAGUGCGUUGAUGAGUUCGACAGGGAGAGUGGAAGAGUUGUUUCUAACUUUUUCUUCAUGUUCUGUUUUAUAAUACUCCUUAUUUACACCGAUUCUUCUGAGUUUUUGUUUUGUUUGCGGGGUUGGUGUCUUUAGGGGCACCGCCCCUCUCUUUGAGGAUUCGGAUUCAGUCUGAUCCAUAAAUCCCGGUUGACAGUUCUCCUGGCUGUUGGUGAUAUUGUUGGUCACGUCAACUUGAUUUAUGCUUCGAGAAUGAAUAAGGAGGUGGUGAUUUUUUUUUGGAAGAGGGGCGUUCUGUGAUCCGUUGAUUGUCAGCGGGGUGACUAUUGCGACAGAGCACCUACAGGUGUCACCACUUGCGGUGCCUUCCAACAGGUUGUCAUUUCAGGUGUCCUGCUAUUUAUUUCUAAUGACUUACUGGAGAAGGAGCUCCACCGUUUUGGGAAGUUCACCAGUGGUUUAAAAAUUGUGGGUUCGGGGUGUAACACGAUAAACUAAAGCAUGGUCAGUCUUUUAGGAGGCAGGUGUUAAUGUAUGUGAACUCUGACACACAGACGCUGGAAGUGUCUUUAAGAGGUAAAUGUGAAGGGGGAUCUUAUAUGGUUUACGCAAGCACUGGGAACAUGAAAUGUUUGGAGUGUGGGGAUGUUGGGCAUAAACGGGCUGCUUGUCCACACAAACAUAAGGAGGCAGGUUGAUAUGAAUCUAAACGCGGAAGCAAAGUCGGUGCUCCUUGGACUGCGGAUGAAGGCGAGUCUCCCCCGUCACCUGUCUCUGAUGAGGGGAGCAGAGGUCACAAUGUGCUGCUUGUGAGGGAUGGCACUGAGGAAACUGGAAUCAUGUUCUACAAGAGUCCUCAAACUGUGGCCAUCUUGACCCAGAAAUGGAGCAGACAGCUGAUCCUAACUUUGUCACUGCUGAGGCAGCAGAGCUGCCCGCAGGUGAGGGUGCGGCGGCUCAGGGUGAAGCCGGAGCUGCUCAGGGUGAAGAUGUGGAAUAUGACAGCGGCUCGGCCAGCGUUUCCAUCGCUGAGUUACAAACAUCCAGUGGUGACUUGUACACUCUGGAAGAAAUCAAUGCUUUCCUUGAUUAAACUUUUGGAAAACCUGUUAAAAUUCUUGAUUAUUUUCACGAUGCGGAAAAGGUUUUGGGAUGCUUGAUGAGAAGAAACUGUUCCGUUUGAAGAAGCACAUGACAAGACUGUUAUUAGCAAAUAAAGGAAGAUUUUUUUAAGACAGUUAUGGUGCACUGGGUCUUUCCUCUCCUUUUCACCUCUAUGCAUACAGUAAUAGCAGGGUGGGGUCAUCAAUGAUGGGAGGGGUCCACUUAAAAGGAUAGUUACUUUGGAGAUGUUCAUUCAGAAGAAGCUUGAUAUGUUUUUGCAAGAGACACACACGGAUCAUGACAAUGAGGUAGAGUGGG